AUGAGUUCACAUCUGAUGGUGGAACACUUGGAAGAGACUCUAGGAGACGAUUCUUCUCCUCAGACAAAACAACAUCCAGCCAUCGAACCUCCAGAGAUUGUCGGAAGUAGUACAGAAAAAUCUUAUCCGCAGCAUGUACGGCGACUUGCUGAAGACAUUUCCCGACUUUCCCUCUUAGAAGUUGCAGAGCUCAGUGAACUGUUACAGAAAAUGCUCAAUAUCACUAGUCCAGUGAACAUGAUGUCCGCCAUGGCUGCUGCACCAUCUGCCAGCACAACACCUGAACCCGUUGAAGAACCACAAGUUGCCACGAAGUCCUCGUUUACCGUCCGAUUGUUGAAAUUCGAUGCCGCGAAGAAAGUCCCUCUAAUUAAAGAAAUUAAAGCACUCGUGCCUGAAAUGAACCUUGUCCAGGCGAAAAAAUUUGUUGAAUCCGCUCCUGGUAAUGUGAAGACGGACGUUAGCAAGGAUGAAGCCGAGGAGAUCAAGAAAAGCCUCGAGGCUGUCGGAGCCACGGUGGAGAUUGAUUAGAUCAGAAAUGUACAGUUCGUAGUUUAUAAAUAUGAUGCACUCGCCUG